UUCGGGAAUUUCGGAUUGGUUGAAUUUGGUUGAAUUUGUGAUUUGUUUGUUUUUGCAGUUGCAGCAAAAUUUUGUAGGUACCUACUUGUAAUGUGUAAUUCGUUACAUGGAUUAGAUACAUAGUUUUGGGGAAAAGGAUAGGUAUCCAACACAAUGGACGAGCUACGUGCGUUUUUCAACAACCCAUGCCCGUCGAGCGCCCAAGUUACCAAACUUCGUGGUCCUCUUACAAACGGCAUGAGGAUCACCAAGGAAGAUACAACAAACCUCAUGAAUCGCCGUGAAGAUCAUCGGCAUUCAAUAGUCCCAAGCGGUACAGAUUACGCCCGCGAAGUCAAAGAGAGGGAAACAAACAUGUAUUUACGGAAUGAAACUGAAGGGGUGAGGUGGGAUAGUGUGUCCGGUGGCCUCGAGUCCUUGGAACAGCUGUCGUCAUGGGGAGCGUCUACGCAGAACCUUGGAGAACUGACUGAGGAGGCGAUGACGGAGGUUUACAACAAGUACUCCUUCCAAAGAAAAGAAGAUACUAACAACUUGGCGAUCAAUGAAUAUAAACAAGAGAUCCUGGACCGCAUUCGUGGCUUUCCUGUAGUCAUCAUAGAGGGGCCGACCGGUUGUGGUAAAACAACUCAAGUGCCUCAAUGGAUCCUGGACGACAGUUACCAAAAUCGCAAACCGUGCAAGGUCAUUGUGACUCAACCGAGGCGUAUUGCAGCGAUAUCCAUCGCGAAAAGAGUUGCACAAGAACGUGGUUGGGAUGUGGGAGGACUAGUUGGUUAUCAGGUUGGACUUGAAAACAGGACUUCAACAGAUACGCGAAUCCAUUAUGUGACCACUGGAGUUCUCUUGCAAAAAUUGGUUUCUGCGAAAACAAUGAAUGAAUACACCCACAUAAUCUUGGACGAAGUGCAUGAACGCGGACAAGAAAUGGACUUCUUGCUGCUUAUAGUGAAAAAACUACUUUACACAGUCUCUCCAACAGUCAAGAUUGUGCUCAUGUCUGCCACAUUCAACCGCAAGGCGUUUGGUGACUAUUUCCUUAUACCAACACCAAAAGGAUUGCAGAUGUCCUCAUGCAUAAAAGUGACAAAGAAAGAACCCAUGUUCACUGUGAAAACGUUUUAUUUGAACCACCUGAACAAAUUUGGAGCGAUUGUCCAGAAUUCAACACCCAAAACCCAGGAGGCUACCAUCGCUCCAGAGAUGUAUCACCUCGUCAUCAGGUUGAUACACGCCUUUGAGCAUAUUGACUUGCAAGAAGAGAACUAUGAAGAUCAUAACCAGGUGGAAUUGUCCUCGGUGCUCAUCUUUUUGCCUGGUAUCAAUGAGAUUGAGGACUUGUACAACUGCUUGAUGGACAACAAAUUGAGGGAGAAUAUAUCCGGCGCCGAGUGCGCUCAGUACAAGUGGCAGGUGCUGCCACUUCACUCCACCAUCACGGCCGACGAGCAGGCGCGCGUGUUCCUACGAGCGCCGCCCGGCACGCGCAAGAUUAUUCUCUCCACCAACAUCGCUGAGAGCUCCAUCACCGUGCCCGAUAUCAAGUACGUGAUCGACUUCUGCCUGAUGAAGAUCCUAGUGGCAGACGAGCACACGAACUUCACGUCGCUGCAGAUGCAUUGGGCCUCCAAGACCAACUGCGAGCAGCGCGCCGGCCGCGCGGGACGAGUGCGCGACGGCCGCGUCUACAGGCUUGUUAAGGAGAAGUUAUACGAAAACCUGCCCCAAGAGUGCGCCCCAGAAAUAGUCCGUUGCCCGCUGGAGCGCCUGGUCCUGCUUGCCAAGAUGUUGGACAUGGGCCCUCCGAGCGAUAUCCUGGCGCUGGCUAUGGACCCGCCCGAUAUGUUGAAUAUUCACCGCACUGUGCUUGUGCUGAAAGAGAUUGGCGCCUUGAAGAAGACAUUCAACGGCGAAUGGAGCUCCUCCGACGGCGACAUAACGUACCUCGGCCGCGUCAUGGCCAUGCUGCCCAUCGACGUCAAGCUGUCCAAGCUCAUCAUGCUGGGCUACAUGUUCGGCUGCAUGGAGGAGAGCAUCAUCAUGGCCGCGGCCAUGAGCGUGAAGAACUUGUUCAACAGUCCGUUCCGCGAGCGGCUCAACGCGUACAACUCCAAGCUCACGUGGGCCGACGGAUCCACCAGUGAUUGCAUCGCUUUCCUGAAUGUCUACAAGGUGUGGAACCAUCUGCGCCAGCAGCAGUACUUCCGUCAGCAAGGCAACAACGAGGCGCAGUGGGCGCGCCGCUUCUACGUGCAAUUACGCGCGUUGCGAGACCUAGACGACCUCGUGCGUGAACUCCGUCUGCGCCUGUCCCGCGCCGGCAUCGAGCCCUUCAAGGGACACUCGCCCUGGGACAAGCACGAGCUGCCCGUGGUUCUCAAGGUGCUUCUGGCGGGCGCGUUCUACCCGCAGUACUUCGUGCAGGUGUCGCAGGACGAGGCGCGCGAGCGCGAAGCCGUGCGCAUUCUCAACGGGCUCGAUCCCAGGAACACGGUGUACCUUCGGGACUUCCCCGACCAGCAGCCGGGCCCGGUGUACGCGGCGGCCAUCAAGAACAUCGUGCGCAAACACAUCGGUGACGAGCCGCGCGUCACCUUCGACAAGAACAGCAGGAAAGUGUUCUUGACUUUCUGCGAUAACCAAUAUGCGAAACGCGACAAGAAUAACAGCGGUGACCCCACGAUCCCUGGCCAAGUGGUAUUGCCAGUGUACAAAGCGAUCAAAGCACGCCAGCUGAGAAUGGACAUCAGGAUUCCAUUGUUGCCGUUGGAGAAAGCCAAUGCGCUCGCGGCGAUGCUAGAAGCUAGUAACAGCAACCCAGACAUGGUCAAGAUGGUGCCGCGGCUGCCAGAAGUUGACGACACGCAUUUUCCAUUGAAGAUCACUUAUAAAUUCAGCAUCAGUAGAUUCUUCGUUCAAUACGACGACGACUCCACAGCGGCCGAGUUGCGUGAGAUCCACAACUCCCUGAACGGGCCCCACUUGUUGGUGUACACAGGGCCCGUACAAGUGGGGGACGUGUACGCGGGGCCCCGCUCCGACAACAAGGGGACUUCCUACUGCCGCGUGCAAGUCAAGAAAGUGCUGCCGAGGGACAUGGUCGAGGUGCUGUACAUCGACUUCGGCGGCUACGGCCGGCUGAACACGUGCAACCUGAUGAUGCUGCCCGCGGGCGUGUGCCAGCGCACGCCGCCGCUGGCCAUGCAGUGCGCGCUGUGCGAGCUGGGGCCCGCGCCGCUGCUGGAGCCGCACGCGCAGUGGACGCGCGCCGCCGACGCAUGCUUCGCCGAGCUCACCGCGCGCACCCGCCUGCUGGCCAAGGUGUACAGCGUGACGCACGGCACGGUAGCCAUCGAACUGCUGGCAGAAGGCGGGCGCGUGAACGUCAAUCGCGAGCUAGUAUCGCGCGGCUAUGCGGUUCCCGUCGAAGAAAGCUACGACUCCAAGAUGAACCACGACCUCCGUCAAAUGGCGUCAGAUUUAAACAUGGCUCAGAAGCGGGCGUAUAACAAAGAGCAGUCGCAAAUAUACAAGGACCUUCGCGAACUGGAGCCGCCGAAUAGCAAGGACUGCGUGGCUGACGUUUGCCUCAAAGGGCCUACCAGCCCGUUGGAGACGACGAUUCACAACUUGAUGUACGCAAGCCGCGACCAGCAGGUCACCAUCGAGUGGCACUCUGUCAACUCGGUGAUGCUCGACACCGAGCCACAAGAAGUUUACGAAAGAUUGGUGGUGGCAGCUGACGUGGGUCAGAACCAGGCGCAGAGCAAGCUGACGCUGCGGCACACCACGCUCAUGCCCAAUAUCCCCGGCCUGCCCGGCAUCAUGGCGCUGCUUUUCUGCCCCGUCGCGGAGCUUCGUCGCGACCCGGACGGCACGCGCUACGUCAGCGCGCUGUGCGGGCUGGGCAGCAACGCCGACGCGCGGCCCUACUUCCCCGAGCACGACCUGCUCGUCAACAUCGACGCAGACCUCUCCGUCGAGGACAUCGGACACAUCAACCACAUCCGCCACCUGAUGGACUACAUGAUGUACUGCGAGGACGGGCAGGUCGCGCCGCCGGCCGACUGCGAGCACCGCCCGCAGGUGCCAGGACACAUCCGCAGGAACCUCAUGAACCUGCUGAUGGUGCGUCGCAAGCACCGCGAGCCGGUGUCGGUGGUGAACGCGUGGGAGUGGCGCUCCGUGCCCGACGACGAGCUACUGGAGAUCACGGACCCCGACAUGGUGAAACGCACCGUCAUGUACCCGCUGCACGCGCCGCUGGAGCUUCGUCCAAUGCCACGUGAACAAAUGCUUGAGCUCAAACGGGAGAACGAUCAACUCAAAAUUCAAGUCAGCAGGACGUCGAUCUCUUCGCAUACGGAGCUGGUGUGCAAGCUGUGCGGAACAGGCCCGCUACCAGUACACGCUAUGAGGAUCCACCUUUAUUCCAACGCGCAUCGCGGGAAGGAGGAAGAUUUCCGCGCCUUCCAGUCUUAAGUUACGUUACCUUGUCACUUUGUCUAGGACUUACGCGCCUACCAGUUUUAAGUUACGUUACCUUGUCACUUUGUCUAGGACUUACGCGCCUACAAGUUUUAAGUUACAUUAUACUGUCACUUUAUUUAGGACUUCCACGACUGCCAGUUUUAAGUUAAUUAUACUCGCUUGAUUUAGAUUUAAAUCAAACUUUAGUAUUAUACUGAGACUAUGAGUAUUGCCAACUGAGCCCGUAAACUUAAGUUCAUACAGUUAUUUUUCCGACUUUAAAAAUGUAAGUAAGUACUUAACAGUACUUUACAUACAACUUGACAACUUUAUUUAAAAAUCGUUGAUUUGUGCAUUUAACUACAUAUUUCCUUUAAGUACAAUAGUUAAUUUUGUGCUGUUUUUUCAAUCGCUUUAUAACUUUAUUUCCUAAAUAAGUUUAACAUAUUGACAGCUUUUCUUUUCCUUUAGGGAAAUGUAUAAAAUUGUUAAUUUAAUUCUUGAUACGAGGAUAAACGUUAUCCGACUUUGGAAUAGCAGCCCCAGUAAGUAUAAAUGUAGAAGCUGACAAAAGCGAUCUCAAUUUUGAAAUAUUUGAUUACAAAAAUCACAUAUUGCGUUUUUCUGUAUCCCGAAGUUUAUAGGUUAGAUUGGUGUUAUUAAAAUAAGUAAGAUAUUUGAUGUACUUUACGCAACGGCGUAUUUGGAAUUUUCUCUGUGUGCCAUUCCAUUUCUAGUGAUGAUAUUAAGCCAAGUUUCUUAGUACUACUUUUCGCAUCGACGAAUUGAUUAAACUAAUUGUUUAUUUUUAUUAUACUUUGUCGUUAUUUUUUUUUUACUUUGCUAGGGUAAUAAACCCUAAGUAGUUGAUAAAUAUUUAGGUGCUUUCUCUGUAUUUUUUUUCUAUAGAUCUAUAGAUAUUAAAAUCUGUAAGACUGUUGAUUAAUGUUAAGUUGUUUAACAUUUCACAUUCAUAGGAGAAACAUUGUAUUUUGAAUAUCUACAUUUCAUCCUAUUUUUGUCGAAUAUAAUUGUGAUCUGACUAAAGAUGAAUAAAUGUUAAUAAAGAUA